CUAAUUGAGGGAGUGAGAAGAGAGCAGCUCGCUUGCUUCGAACUGGACUGCAGAGUGUGACAGCAUCCUAAGCUGGUGAGAGACACCUUCUGUGACUUUCAGUUGGAUCAGCCACCAGAUCCCAGCAAUCAUGACCCUUGCAGAAACAAUUUCUUCUUGUGCAAGCAUCCUGCUUCUGUGCCGUGGUCGGGUCUGACGACAGGUCUGGGAAGAGACAGCAGGAUGCCUGCCCGAGGCGGAAGGGCUGGCUCCUCCCAGGAGCUUCUUUCCUUGUCCCACCAUGGUGACUCCUGAUCGUCUCAGACCCUGGGUGGUGGGUGAGAUCACAACUUUUGCUCAUCCUACAAGGAGAAGAUGAAGGAGCUCCCCCUGGUGUCCCUGUUCUGCUCCUGCUUCCUGGCUGACCCCUUGAAUAAGUCAUCUUACAAAUAUGAAGGCUGGUGUGGGAGACAGUGUAGGAGGAAAGGUCAAAGCCAGCGGAAAGACAGUGCUGACUGGAGAGAAAGAAGAGAACAGGCAGACACAGUGGACCUGAACUGGUGCGUCAUUUCUGACAUGGAAGUCAUUGAACUGAACAAAUGCACCUCAGGCCAGUCCUUUGAAGUCAUCCUGAAGCCACCCUCCUUUGAUGGGGUGCCCGAGUUCAAUGCCUCCCUUCCCCGGCGGAGAGACCCAUCACUAGAAGAGAUCCAGAAGAAGCUAGAAGCAGCGGAGGAACGAAGGAAGUACCAGGAAGCGGAGCUCCUGAAACACCUAGCAGAGAAACGAGAGCAUGAGCGAGAGGUGAUCCAAAAAGCCAUUGAGGAAAACAACAACUUCAUCAAGAUGGCUAAGGAAAAACUGGCCCAGAAGAUGGAAUCCAAUAAGGAGAACCGGGAGGCUCACCUUGCCGCCAUGUUGGAACGGCUGCAAGAGAAGGACAAGCACGCGGAGGAGGUGCGGAAAAACAAGGAGCUGAAGGAAGAGGCCUCCAGGUAAAGCCCAGAGGCCAAAGAAGUUUCCAGGACAGCCGGACAGCUCCGCAGCUCUGCGGUUCCAGCAGCCUCGCCCGCCGGCUGCUCUCCCAGCUCUGGGGUUUGGGGGGAGGGGGGUGGCCCAGGGGCGUUUCCUCUGCUUUUGGUGUUUGUACAUGUAAAGAAUUGACCAGUGAAGCCAUCCUAUUUGUUUCUGGGGAGCAAUGAUGGGGUGGGAGAGGGGAGAGAAGGAGAGAGUUUGGGAAAGGAGAAGAAUUCACGGACACUGCAACGCUACCCACCAGACUUGAGCCGACCAAGGCCUCCGAUUUUCGCAGCCCUGUCUGGACGAGCAGCCUCCCGGCAGCGUGUUGAGGGAAGAUGAGAACCCGGGGCAGUGGAAGUUCAGGGUGAAGGGCAGAGUCCUGGGGGGCAGUGGCUGCAGGGCCCACAGGAUAAGAAGCCCAGCCAGAGGGGUGCAAGGCAGAAAUGUCGCUUCUGCCUAGCAGCAGGAGGAACGAGGUGUGCGUGUGUGUGUUAACCAUCAUCUUUUGAUCAUCAUGACCAAUGAAACAUUUACUCCAAGUCUCCAGUUCUUUAUUUCCUGAAUUUGUCCUUUGGGUGACUGGUAGAAUGUUCUAGAAAUUUAGCCGCCUCCCCCAUUCGAUAGCAUGUGUCUUUUAAUUUUGCCAUCCCAGUGUCUGAGGUGCUGGGAGAAGUGGGUUAAAUUACCCUGACAUUUGGCAUGAUUGAAAGGUCUGCUUUCCCCCCUCUUCUUUCAAACCCCUCCUGUGGGUUGCUCCUUACUGAACUGAGUGCAAUGGAUUGAUAAGGAAAGAAAUCCAAUCUUCUUUGCUAGGAACUAACAUUCUAAUAUGGUCCCCAGGAUUCACUGUAAGAAAGAAGUUGCCUUAGUCUGUUAGGCUGCUAUAACAAAAUACCUUUGUCUGGGUAAUUUAUAAAAGAAAGAAAUUUAUGACUCACAGUUUUGGAGUCUGGGAGGUCCAAGAUCAAGGAGCCAACAGAUCUGGUCUCUGGUAAAAGCUGCUCUCUGCUCAGUCCCCACAUGGCAAAAGGGCAAAGGGCUCCCUCAGGCCUCUUUUGUAAGGGCAUUAGCCCACUCCUGAGGGUGAAGACCUCACGACCUCAUCCCCUCCUGGAGUUCCUACCUCUUAAUACUAUUGCGCGGGGGUGAGGUUUCCACACAGGAAUUUGGGGGGAACAUCAACAGCCAGAACCUGGCAGAGACCCUCCUCACCCUGGGUGCUUUGGGCUUCCCAGUGAAUCACAAGAUGUGAGCAAGAAAAUCAAAUGUUUGCUAGCGGAAGGCAGAAGGAGCCGUCAGAACCAGCAGCUCUGUCCUCCAGGACACCGCGCCAUGCCGGAAACAGCCCUCUCCCGCGCCUCUGCCGCCAACCCGAGAAGGAGGGCAGUCUGCCUGACCCGGGCCCAGGGCGUCUCCACACCUGCCCUGCACGCUGUGUAGUUUUGUACGGCUUUGCAAAUAAACUCUUUGAUAUUGCCUUUUGUUUUUUCCA